AUGGCUGAGGACGGCAAGCUGUGGUACCUUCAGACCAACAGGAUAAUGAUGGAACAUUAUCUGCCUCCUGAUCUCAACCAAAGGAGUGAAAGAAGUGAAAAGACCUUCCACCAGAAAUAUUUACCAAGCUUAAGAACCAUGAUUCCCAUCCGCUUAAGAGCAAGGUCUUCAGAGAAUCCAGUGGACAAUGCUGGACUUUUCUCAUUUGCAACAUAUUCUUGGUUUUCCUACAUAAUGCUCCAGGGAUACAGGGGCAAUGUCAGUGUGGCUACCUUGCCUCCUCUCUCUUACCAUGAUAGUGCUGAGCCAAAUGCCAAAAGAUUUCGACUGCUCUGGGAAGCUGAGGUUGCCAAAGCUGGACCUGAGAAAGCUUCUUUAGGGAAAGUGUUCUUUAAAUUUCAAAAGACAAGAAUUUUGGUCGACGUAAUAGCUAAUAUCUUUUAUGUCAUUUUCGCUGCUUUAGGGCCAACAGCGAUCAUUCAUCACAUUCUCCUGUACAGUGGAAGUGACUCAAGAGACUUGAUUAAUGGAAUUGGCCUCUGCAUAGCCCUUUUUUUCACUGAAUUUUCAAAAGUUGUGUUCUGGUCAUUGACAUGGGCUGUCAACUACCGCACUGCUAUCAGGGUAAAAGUUGCAGUAACAACUGUUGCUUUUGAGAACCUGCUGGCCUUUAAGUCUUUGAAACAGACAUCUUUGGGUGAAAUGAUUAAUUUCUUUGCCAAUGAUGGUUAUCGAAUGUUUGAAGCUGCCUUGUUCGGCCCAAUGCCCAUGACUACACCUCUGUUGAUUGUUGUUUGCACCAUUUCUUCUUGCACCCUCCUUGGUCCCACAGCACUCAUCGGAAUAUUCAUUUAUAUUUUAUUCAUACCCUUACAGAUGCUCAUGGCCAAAUUAACUUCUUUUUUUCGAAGAAUGGCUAUUUUGAUGACCGACAAACGCGUGAGAGUAAUGAAUGAGAUUUUGACGUGCAUUAAGUUGAUCAAAAUGUAUGCCUGGGAAAAAUCUUUUGCAGAAGUUAUCACAGGCAUCAGGAAAGCAGAAAGAAAAAUACUGGAAAAAGCAGGAUUUGUCCAAAGCGUGAAUGCUGCUCUUACACCAGUUGUUUCCACUCUGGCAACAGUUAUACUAUUUUCCCUCCAUACCCUGUUAAAGCAUGAACUAACAGCUGCUUCUGCCUUCAGUGUGAUUUCAAUAUUUAAUAUAAUGAGGUUUUCAAUUGCCAUUUUGCCAUUUUCGGUGAAAUCAGCUGCAGAAGCCAGUGUCUCCUUAAAAAGACUGAAGAAAAUUCUCACUGCGAAAAUUCCUCCUGCAUAUGUGACGACCCUGAAGGGCUCCAAAAAUGCUGUGGUGCUGGAAGACGCCACAUUGUCUUGGGAAUGUGCUUCUGGUGAUCACCACACCAAAAGUAGCAAGGAAACUCUUCUGAAUGGGAAAAGUGUCUGCAAAUACCCACCAAGUCACUCUCAGAUACCAACUCUUGGGAACGAUAACUACCAUAGCUUUCUCCUGCAGAAUAUAAGUUUUAUAGUAGAGAAAGGCAAGGUUUUGGGGAUUUGUGGAAACAUUGGAAGUGGAAAGAGCUCGAUCAUUACAGCAAUAUUAGGACAGAUGUAUCUGUACCAUGGGACAGUCGCUGUGGAUGGCACUUUGGCAUAUGUGUCACAGCAAGCAUGGAUAUUUCAUGGAAGUGUCAGGGAAAAUAUACUGUUUGGAGAAGACUACGAUGAACAAAGGUACAAUCAUACCAUCAAAGUUUGCAGUCUCAAGUCAGAUAUGGAAUGUUUAUCAUAUGGAGAUAUGACUGAAAUAGGGGAAAGAGGUUUGAACCUUUCUGGAGGUCAGAAGCAGAGAAUCAACUUAGCUCGUGCUGUGUAUGCAAACAGAGAUAUUUACUUAUUGGAUGAUCCUUUGUCAGCAGUUGAUGCUCAUGUUGGAAAGUAUAUUUUUGAAGAAUGCAUUAAAGAAACUCUUAGAGGGAAAACCAUACUUCUUGUGUCUCAUCAGCUGCAGUAUCUGCGGUUUUGUGAUAAAAUCGUCUUCCUGGAAGAUGGGGAAAUACGAGAAAGUGGUACCCAUGCAAAGCUGAUGGAAGCAAAGGGCCAUUAUGCUCGCCUUUUUCGUAAUCUGCAUGCAGAAGACGCAACCAUUACAAAUGAAUUAACGGAAAAGGCUGAAGUUCAGGACCCCAGUUCAGAUGUCUCUUUCAAAGGAGUGGGAAAUCCUGCUCCUGCACAGCAGCUUGUUCAAAAAGAAGAGAAGGCAGACGGUCCGGUUACAUGGGGAACCUAUCACGCUUACAUGAAGGCAUCUGGAGGUUUCCUAUUAUGGUUUUUCAUCGUUCUUCUCUUUGCUCUGAUGAUUUCCUGCUCAGUCUUCAGCAACUGGUGGCUGAGUUUCUGGUUAAUGCAAGGAUCUGGGGUGACCUGUAGCUAUCCUCAAAACACAACCUGUGAUGUGGGCAGCAUCACCAACAAUCCUCACCUGCACUUCUACCAGCUGGUCUAUGGAAUGAGCCUUGUUGCCAUGAUUGCCCUAAGUUUCAUGAAAGGUUUUGGUUUCACUAAGAUGACAUUACGAGCUUCAUCCACCCUCCAUAGCACCAUGUUUUACAAGAUCUUGCAGAGUCCAAUGAAUUUCUUUGAUACCACUCCCACUGGCAGAGUAAUGAACCGUUUUUCUAAGGAUAUGGACGAAGUGGAUACGAGGCUGCCGUUUUAUGCUGAGAAUUUCCUGCAGCAGUUUUUCAGAAUCCUUGCCAUCCUUACUAUUGUGGCCACUGUCUUUCCUUACCUCCUCAUCAGCCUGGCUGUCCUAACAAUUAUUUUCAUUCUGCUCUUCCAAAUUUUUCAGCACACCAUCCAUGACCUCAAACGAAUUGAAAACCUGAGCAGAUCUCUGUGGUUGUCUCUGAUCUCAUCUUCAGCCCAAGGUCUUAGUACAAUCCAUGCCUACAAUAAGACAGAGGACUACAUAAAUCGUUUUAACAUGUUGAAUGAUGAAAACUCAAACGAUUUCAUUUUGUUUAACUACGCAUUACGAUGGUUUGCAUUGAGGACAGAUAUUCUCACGAACGUCAUGACAUUGAUCGUAUCCUUGUUUGUGGUCCUCAACCAUUCUAUCAGUGUUGCAGGAAAAGGCUUGGCUUUAUCUUACUCUCUCCAGCUAAGUGGACUUCUUCAGGUGUGUGUGAGAACAUGCAUCGAAACACAAGCCAGAUUUACUUCUGUUGAGCAGAUAGCAGAAUACAUUUUGAAGUGCACUCCUGAGGGAUCAGAGAGCACUCCAGUGGUUACCCCUCCCCCCAACUGGCCUGAUAAGGGUGAAAUCAUUUUCAAGAACUAUCAUAUGAAAUACCGAGAAAAUAGUCCCAUUGUGCUCCAAGACAUCAACAUCAGCAUUCACGGCAAAGAAAAAAUUGGGAUUGUUGGCCGCACAGGCUCAGGAAAGUCAUCUUUAGGGAUGGCUCUGUUUCGACUCGUGGAGCCCACAGCUGGCACUAUCAUCAUCGACAGCAUUGACAUCUGCAGUAUUCGCUUGGAAUCUUUACGGACAAAGCUGUCGGUCAUUCCACAGGAUCCUGUUCUGUUUGUAGGUACAGUAAGGUACAACCUAGACCCUUUCCAUGACCAUACUGAUGAUCAAAUCUGGCAAGUUCUAAACCAAACUUUUAUGACAGGCAAGAUUUCCAAACUACCAGGAAAGCUGGAGGCAGAAGUGGUCGAAAACGGGGAAAAUUUCUCAGUGGGGGAAAGACAGCUGCUCUGUAUGGCAAGAGCACUCCUUCGAAAUUCAAAAAUUAUACUUCUUGAUGAAGCCACAGCUUCUAUUGAUUCUGAGACAGAUAUGCAGAUUCAGAGGACCAUCCAGGAAGCAUUCAUAGACUGCACGGUCUUGACGAUAGCACAUCGCCUAAACACCAUUCAGGAGUGUGACCGUGUUUUGGUGAUAGAUAAAGGCAAGGUAGUCACAUUUGGCAAACCAGGGGAAGUUGUUCAGAAUUCCAAGUCAUUUGCAUCUUUCUUAGCCAUGGCAAGGAGAUUCACAUCGUAA